GGGAAGGUGGCCUUUCCUCCCGCGGGAGCAGAGGCUGCGGCGGGCAGAGGGAACCUGCAGAGGGCGGUUCUCGGCUCUUUCCUGUCCCACCCAGGCCGCCGCCGCCCCCACCCCCUCUGCGGCCAGCCUCGGCCGGGCGCUGCGCGACUGUCGGCGGCUGGCUCCGGCGCGGGGUCCCCGACGCGGCUCCCGCUCGGCCUGCGGGGCCCUGGCAAAGCUCGGCCGUUCCCACCCCCACCCCCGGCGAGUUCGGGAGGACGAGCGGCGUCGGGCCCGGCCCCUGCGGCCCGUCGGACUGGAAAGGUGAGAGCGGAGGAGGGGCCCGGGAGGCCGAGCGAGACGUCGUCCGCGCGCACUCGGCCACCGCGGUGGGAACCGAAGCCUCGGCGCGGAUCUGCCCCUCCCUCAAGGUCCUUGGUAGCCAUGACCAGCAUACCCGACACACCUUCUCCAGGAGAACUGAUGACUACGCCAGUUCUGCAGGUCACUGAGACCCUGUCCCCACAAGCUCAAGAGGCCAGCACAGCACUCAUUGCGGUUGUUAUCACCGUGGUCUUCCUCACCCUGCUCUCAGUCGUGACCUUGAUCUUCUUUUACCUGUACAAGAACAAAGGCAGCUACAUCACCUACGAACCAGCAGAAGGCGAGCCCAGCGCCAUCCUCCAGAUGGAGAGUGACUCAGCCAAGGGCAGAGAGAAAGAGGAGUAUUUCAUCUAAUGAUCCCAUACCACCAGGACCUAAUUCCUGGCUCCAGUGCUAACGCUGACUCUUUAUUAGGAAGUUUCAUCUGAAAUCAGUGAGUGGCACUGACUGACACAGGCAAAUCCAAUCACCUGUCAGGAUAUAGCCUUGCCAAUAUCACUGGCUCCAGAGACCAGGGAUAUGGAGAAAGCUGCUUAUGAUACCUGCAGCCAGGCUAGUGUUUAUAACUGACCAACAAGGCAUGGCUAUACCUCAGUAUGUGCUUCCACAUGUUGGAAAGGGGGGGGUGGGGAGGAAGGUCACCAGCUGUUCUACUCUGUCCCCUCCCUGGUUGUUUAAUGAUAGAUAGCCCCAAUGUGGCUACCCAGAGUCUUUCCAGAGGCUGGACAUCAUAGGAAAAAGCCAGGUUAGGAUGGCUAGGAGACUGCAAAUGUUACCUCCUCAUAAAUGUGCCACAUCCCUUAAUCUGAGCUCUUCCAUUUCCCACAACCAAAUACUUACACUGUUUCUGUCCAAAUUAAACUUACUAUAAAAGUCAGAUUUUCUUCGAAAACUAAUUUUGCCUUAUUUUUGCUUACACUUUGACGGCAUUUUCUCUUGCUUGUUUAACUUCUUUGCAUGUUAUCUCACAGUAAGAACUCUGUGUUUUGAGACAGGGUCUCCCUGUAGUCCCAGGCUGUCCUUAAUCUCAUAGAGAUACACCUGCCUCUGCCUCCUGAGUGCUGGGAUUAAAGGCAUGCGCCACCACACCCGGCUCACAGUAGUAACUCUUAAGGGAAGUUCCAUAAGUUCCCAGAACUAUCUUACUUUGAAACAAGGAGGAUCCAAGAAGCUUGUCCCAUAGAAGCAUCAUUAGAAACAGACUAGAAAGAGAAGUUGGUUUGGUCUCCAUCCUGGUAAGACCUACAAUUUCUCAGAUCUCCUGUGCUCAAAGAGGGAGCCAGGAAAAUGUGGCCACCUUGUCUACCACCAGGAAAAGUUCUUUUCAACCCAGGAAGCUUCUUAGGUUUAACCAACUAUCAAAAUGAGCUGUAUUUAAAAGAAACAGUACACUGAUAUAAAUUGUUAGCUUCUUAGACUCUAACUUGAAUUAAGCUAGCCUUCUUUGAGGUUAUUAAACUCCUGUCCAAAUUCAAGCCCACUAAGAGCCAAGAGCUAAGGAACCAGUGUCAGCAGUAUAGAUUCCUUGAGUUUUCAAGGGUUUGGUUUUUGUUUUGUGUGGGGAUUUUUUUUUCUUCUUGACAGUCUUGCUAAGUGUCCCAAACUGGCAUAAACUUUGGGCAGUACCCCUUCCUCAGCCUCCAGGGCAAUGUGAUUACAGGCCUGGCUUGUUUUCAGUAUUUUUCCACAUACACUUUUGGAGAAACUGGAGAUCACCCGGAAGUAUACACCUUAUAAGACAUUUUCCUCAAUCAAAACCUCAGAGUAAGUGAGGGAAACCAGGGACCCUGAGUUUACAUUCUGAAUCCCAGAAGCUGAUGAGCUUAGGUUGUGAAGUGAAGCAAAAUGUAGCAUCUUGAGUGGAACUAAUGAGACAGUCAAAUCUAGCCCUGAACACCUGCAUCAUCAGACAACAGAACAUCAGAAGCACCUGCUAAAUCCUGGGUAGGGUACAGAAGACAUGGUGUAGAUGAAGAAAUCUAAAAACAUGCUAAGUAAAGAAGGCCUGGAGUGAGGUGUAAUGCAACUUCAUCACUUUAUUCAAAUCUUCAAAAUAGUCUUUAUUCUACAUUUUUAGUAUAAAAAAUCCACAAGUUAAGUGCACCACAGUGUAGAGAAAGACAUACAACGUUGAACUUCCAUAACAGUCAAUGGUACAGUCAAACAUCACAUGUACAGGACACAAGAUUUAGAUGAACUGAAAUUAUAAGCUAAAAUAAAAUCCAAUUUCAGAAAACAAAAGUCAAAAUAUUAAGGAUCCCUGAAAUAUUAAUCCUAAGGAGAUUUCACUGGACUCAAGUCAUUUUCUAGUGAGACAUUUACAGCAUGACCCUAUUAACCCAGUUAGGAAUUCUUGGAAGCCCUGAGUGGCUGUAUCAGACACUCAGAAAAUGGUAAUUUUUGAUCUGAAAACGCCUGUUCUUUUGGCUCUAAAGCUAGCCUUUGUCAUGCACGUUCUUCCCUGCCCAUCAUAAUUUAAAGAAACGUUUAUGGAACCGUUUACACUGAAAUCUUUUGUUUAAAGUUCUGUUUUUCUGGCACCAAAGGAAACGUGGGUUAGAUUGGUGAUGCAGAGACAUCUAUGAGGAGGGUCCAAACACACCCUUCACUUUGGACUGAAGAAAUACAAAAGCUGAAGAAACUAGGUCUGUGCUUAGGGCAUGGGGGCAGAGGAUCCUUGUCAAAGAGUCUGAAAAUGGCAAGUAGGACAAGCGCAGGGAGAGAAGGAAGUCUGUCUGACUGGCUUUCUGCUGCACCACUGAUUCAAUGGAGACUGGUGGGAGGGGAUGGAAGACUAGGGACGGGGGCACAGGGGG